AUGGAGCAUGACUCACAUACCACGUGGGAAUUCAAUGGCUCCUUCUAUCAGCCUUCAGCUUUCCUCAUGAUGGGUAUCCCAGGCCUGGAAGCCUUUCAUCACUGGAUCUCCAUCCCUUUUUGUGUACUCUACCUUAUUGCUCUCUUGGGAAAUUGCAUGAUCCUAUUCGUCAUAAGGAAGACCCAAAGUCUUCACGAACCCAUGUACUACUUCCUGUCCAUGCUAGCAGUCACUGACCUGGGGCUGGUUUUAAGUACACUGCCUACCACUCUGGGCAUUUUUUGGUUUAAUAUCCGAAGGAUUGGUUUUGAUGCUUGUCUCACUCAGAUGUAUUUCAUUCACAUACUGUCCUUCAUUGAAUCCUCCGUGCUCCUGGCAAUGGCGUUUGAUCGCUUCAUUGCCAUCUCCCAUCCACUUAGAUACCCAUCCAUACUGACCAAGACGACUGUCACAAAGAUAGGUCUGACAAUCAUAUUGAGAGGCACGGUCUCCCUUCUUCCAAUACCCUUCUUGCUCAAGAGGUUAACCUACUGUGGGAAGACUGAGCUUUCUCAUUCUUUUUGCUUCCAUCCUGAUAUCAUGAACCUAGCGUGUGCAGAUAUAAAAGUCAAUAUCUUCUAUGGUAUGAUUGCUUUGUUUUCAACGGUAGGGAUGGACUUUAUCUGCAUUGUGCUGUCCUACAUCCUCAUCAUUAAAACUGUUAUCAGCCUUGCAACUAAGGAGGAGUGUCUCAAGGCUUUGAAUACAUGCGUCUCCCACAUCUGUGCUGUCCUAAUAUUCUUCAUCCCAAUGAUUGGACUGUCCAUGAUUCAUCGUUUUGGAAAGAACUUCCCUCCUCUGGUUAGCACUUUGGUGGCCUACACCUACCUUAUAAUCCCACCUGCUCUCAACCCCAUUAUCUACAGCAUAAAAUCCAGCCACAUCCGUGAGGCUUUGUUCAGGGCACUGAGGAGGAAGUGUGAACCUGAGUGGUAG